UUAAGUUGUCUGUGAACUCUGCUGACUGUGUUAAAAUCAAAAUAGUAAUAGUUGGAACUUAAUUAGAUAUUCGUUGUUUUUGGUUUUUUCAAAAUAAAUUAUAACCCAUUGUUAUUUUUAUUGAAAAUUUAUUUUUAAUUAUAUUCAUGACAUUCGUUGAGAUAUACUUUGGGAGUAAUUUUUAACUUUUAACAGCAGUUGAACAGGUGAGAUAUGGUCCGAUUAUGUCAAUAGUGAGAACUAAGGCGAUGGAGAAUCAUGAUGGUGAAGAUCAAGGAUCUACAUUCUGGAAGAAAAGCACUAAACCAGUGCCUGGAAGACCCAGCCCAAGGAAGGAGGUACGAAGCAACUCCCAACAAAAUUCAAGCUCUACGUCUUUUCAAGAUUUUCAAGAAAGCGUGAGUGAUGCAUGGGAAAUCGGAGACGAUGAGUUUUGUAAUAUAUUAGAUAUGAAAAUAUCAAAACAGGUGGUUCACUCAACAGCCCUUAGUGUAAUCAACAGCCAUCGCAGUAAAACCUCGUCUUCCCAACAAUCAUCAACAGAAUGCAACUCUAGCGGCCAACCACAACCUCAGAAUGCCAAAAAUGGUGAGAUCCCAGAAACAACUACUUCAGAAGAAAGAAAGGACUCGGGUACAACUCAUAACUCUCCUACGAGCAGGUUCAACAAUACUCAUCGCCAACACACUAAACUCAAAGUGGCUGUUGGAGCAGACAGUGAAACAAUGGUGGGGAAAGUAGCAAAGUUUCGACUGCUACUGGAGUCUAAUCUCUUGAACUUAGAAGAUCUGCGACACCUCAGCUGGUCAGGAAUACCUGUUGAGGUUCGACCUAUUGCCUGGCGGUUGUUGGCUGGGUACCUACCAGCCAGCUUGGAGCGUAGACAAGCUGUCAUGGAGCGUAAAAGACUCGACUACUGGAACUUAGUAAAGCAGUAUUUCGACACAGAGAGAGAUGAGACUUACCAAGACACUUACAGACAGAUUCACAUUGACAUUCCUCGAAUGAGCCCCUUAAUCGCCCUUUUCCAACAAAAGACAGUUCAGGAAAUGUUUGAGAGGAUUUUGUUCAUCUGGGCUAUUCGACACCCUGCUUCAGGCUACGUUCAGGGAAUAAACGAUCUGGUUACUCCGUUUUAUGUUGUUUUCCUUCAGGAAUUCCUGCCUGAAGGUGGUGAUCUUGAUACCCUUGAAGUGAACACUUUGCCAAAAGAACACCAAGACAUCAUUGAAGCUGAUUCUUUUUGGUGCCUUUCCAAAUUUCUUGAUGGGAUACAAGACAAUUAUAUUUUUGCCCAGCUCGGAAUCCAGCAUAAAGUAAAACAGUUGAAGGAACUGAUUCAAAGGAUAGAUGGCACUCUACACAAGCACUUACAAAGACAUGGAAUAGAUUAUCUGCAGUUCUCGUUCCGUUGGAUGAACAACUUACUUACACGAGAGAUUCCUCUAAGGUGUUCCAUCAGAUUGUGGGACACUUACCUCGCAGAGUCAGACAGCUUUGCUUCCUUCCAGCUCUACGUGUGUGCUGCGUUCCUCCUCCACUGGAGACAGGAGCUGCUUCUAGAGCGAGACUUCCAGGGACUGAUGUUAAUGCUUCAAAACCUCCCCACACAUAAUUGGACCGACGCAGACAUCGGUGUACUUGUUGCGGAAGCUUAUCGUCUCAAGUUCACUUUUGCUGACGCCCCAAACCAUCUUCAAAGCAGUGAUAACAGAUGACCAAGAAUCUAAAAUCAUCCCUGAAAUGUCUGUUGAUGGAUUCCAGUGUUCAAAGUUUGGCACAAUGUACAAUUUAUUGUUAUAAAUAAUGUUUUUAACUAAUGUAUUUUUUCAGUGUCAUCUAAUAUAGACCUGUAAAUCGUUUAAAUCAAAAUUACUCGGAGGUGAUACAUGUAAUUUUGAUCCUUGUACAUAAUGACCCAAUUGGAAUAUGAAUAUUAAAUGCAAAUAGUAAAAGAUUUAUUUAGCGGUAAUUGUCAAAUGAGAUAUCGAUAUCAUAAUAUGAAAAUAUCAGAAAUAUAUCAGUACGCUUUUACAAAA